AAGGAAAUGUAGAUAAUGUGGAAAAUAUCAUAUAUUGCAAAUUUCCGAACCGAGGAUCAAAAAUAAACGAGGAGCACCUGAAUGCAACAUAAACACAAUUGCGCAAUCCAGUGACCGCUGUCUGUCUGCAGCUGAUUUUUUAAAACUUGUGACAGAGGUAAAUCGAGUAAGAGGUCAUCAAUACGAUUAUUUUAGUCUUUGGCUUUAGAAACCAUGAUAAGUAAAUUGAGCUCGUCGUAUUCCGCUAAAUGUAUCAUGUUAAUAUUUAAUGCUAUUAUGAGAGUGGAGAGCGACGCGGUUACAGUAUUUUAUCAAAUCAGGGGUCUCACGUUAGUAUUAAGAACAUAACUGAACAAAUUAAAUUAAAUAACCAAACAAACGUGUUUAAGGAAACUCUGUCGUUGUGUAACGUACGCUAACUAGGCCAAAUGUUGCUAUUUUAUUUGUAAUGAGACGUUAAUGUCAUAUUACACCAUUUACGCGAUUUGCUAGAUUGACAUUUUAGCGGAAAGGAUUGCACACGUGCUUACAAACCGACUGCAAAAUGUCAUGUUAUACAAAAACAUAUUCAGCUAAUUGAAUAGGCUAUAAAUGCUGCAGUUUGUUUAUAUUUGAUUUCACUUCUCUUCCUCAAACGUCUACCUAUAUUCGACACAGUAAAACGGGUCUAUCUUAUGUUAUUUUCCGUUUAUAUGGGGUGGCUGCUGUCUAACAACAGGUGUAACACUCUUAGAAUAAUCCCUUGAGCGCUCCCAAACCGUAUAAACUGGUUGUGUCCCCGUUCUUCCCAUUCUUCCAGCGUGCCAUGAAUGUAGCAAACCACUGACGUAAAGUAGGGAUUUGGGGCGCAAGAUUAGAGGAUGCAUGGGAUGCAUGUGCGCAGUUAACUGGCAGCCUCCCUCCCUCACUCUCUUGAGUCCCUUCCUUUGUUUUCAGUGAGGGUUGCAUCAAUGGAGGUUUCCUGUAUUCUACUUUGUGCAUGUUUAGUUCCUCCUAUUAGUUUAAACUAUUUCAGUGUACUUUACACUGUCUUCUCUGCUCAGAUGUCUACUACACUGAGUCUGCGUCUUCUCCACUGCUAUUCAAAGCCAGGCACAUUAGGAUACGGUCUUUGUCGCCCAUUCAGUCUCAGCGUGCAGCGAGAUGGCUACAAGUAUGUAAAUGCUCAGGAGCUGCCGACAGACCUGAGGUCCAUCACUGACCGGGCUGCCACAACCCUCCUGUGGACCGAACUCUUUAGAGGUCUGGCGAUGACUAUGAGUUACCUUUUCCGUGAACCCGCCACCAUCAACUACCCGUUUGAGAAGGGCCCUCUGUCACCCCGCUUCAGAGGAGAGCAUGCCCUCCGCCGCUACCCCAGUGGAGAGGAGCGCUGCAUUGCCUGUAAGCUGUGUGAGGCCAUCUGCCCUGCUCAGGCCAUCACCAUUGAAGCUGAGACUCGAGCUGAUGGCAGCAGGAGAACUACACGCUAUGACAUCGAUAUGACCAAAUGUAUCUACUGUGGCUUCUGCCAGGAAGCCUGUCCUGUUGAUGCCAUUGUUGAGGGUCCAAACUUUGAGUUCUCCACAGAGACCCAUGAGGAGCUGCUGUACAACAAAGAGAAGCUGCUCAACAAUGGAGACCAAUGGGAGGCUGAGAUAGCAGCCAACAUACAGGCAGACUACCUGUACAGAUAGAUAUGUACACUGUCUGCAAAAAUGUUUCAUAUACGUGAAAACGAUAUAUCUUCUCAUCCUCUUAUGCAUUCAAGAGAUUAUUUGUAGCUUUAAAGAUAUUCUAGUGAGUUACAAAUGAGCAGUGAAGCCUUGCAGCCUCAGAUUCUGUUUUCAAAAUUGAGGAAAAAUAUAAAAACGCACAAAUCAUCAUAUUUAUUGUGAUGGAUGAUAUUGCACUUUAUGUUGUUGAUUACAGUCUGUAACCCAUGCAGCCUCAGUCUAUGAUGGACUAUUUUCUGCUGCACUUCAAAAGCAUGUUGUUUUUUUAAUCUGAUGUGAUAGCUAAGACCUUUCUGAAAGAGUAUAUUUAUGUAGUGUAAUAUAAGAUACUGAAAUAAAUCCUGUUUUAAAACUCA